AUGUCUUUACCCCGCGGCGUCGGUCUUGGCGUCGACGUGGGCCAACUGAUGCAACAUCAGCAACAGCAACAGCAACAUCACGUGCUGCCGGCCGCGUUCUUCCUGCGCGCCAGUGCCGAGAGGUAUCAGCGGACCCCAAAGUGCGCGCGAUGUCGUAAUCACGGAGUCGUGUCCGCGCUCAAGGGACACAAGCGCUAUUGCCGAUGGCGAGAUUGCGUCUGUGCCAAGUGCACCCUUAUCGCUGAGAGACAACGCGUUAUGGCUGCUCAGGUUGCGCUGAGACGGCAACAGGCCCAGGAAGAGAGCGAGGCGCGCGAGUUGGGCCUGCAAUUGCAAUACAAUGCCGGCAGCUGCAAUACUGCCCCGGUUCUACCGGCGAGCGCUGGUACGACGCCAGCUGGUAGUCCGCCCCCGCACCCAGCCGCGGCCGCGGCCGCGGCGCACCCUGCUGAAUGUGCAGCUCUCCUACCUACGAGGAAGAGAUCCACCCAAGAUGAAUAUCGGCAGUCCAAGGUGGAAAAGGGCGAUGCUGUUAUCGGCUUGAAGCGACCUAGAAUCUCCGAAAACACAACGAUCUUAUCGACCAGCGAUACAGGCAAUGAAGACGAUCGUGAUUCUGAUUCCGGUGGCGAAUUACGAACCGAUCGUUCGUUAGUGGUGUCGACGUCGUCGGGAUUAGCGGAGUCUGAAACGACGGCGAGAAAACGCACUAAUAGCCUGAAUGAUUCGGAAGAGGGUAGUCCAGAACCGGGCUCGCAGAGUCCGACGCACACUCCGCCACUGACUCCCGCCUUGACACCGCAAAGGGAGGACACUCCGGCGCCAGAAAAUCUCAGUUUACGCAAAAGUGGCAGUCCCCCGCAGACGCAACAGACUUUGCAACCGGUAGAUUUGGUUCAACCUAGGCCUAGUCCUCCACUACCCCCGUUAGCUGCCGCGACGACGGUGCACUUUCCUCCUUAUGCACCUCUCUACGGGCCGACGGCGAGCUCGCUAGCGUAUUGCUCGCCGGCGCUCUAUCAGCACCAGCAUCACCACCACAUCCCCGAGUCGCGGGAAAUCCAGAUGCAGAUGCAAAUGCAAAGUAUCCAGCAGACUUGUGGACUGCAGCUACAGCAGCAGCAACAGCAGCAGCAGCAGCAGCAACAGCAGCAACAACGUUCGCCGGUGGACGUUCUACUGCGUGUAUUCCCUGGGAGACGCCGCGCCGACGUCGAAGCGCUUCUUCAUCGUUGCAAAGGCGACGUGGUGUCUGCCAUGGAGGUGCUGAUCUGCGAGGACAGUCUGCCGAAGUCGGCGUUCUCGCCCCUGGCGGCCGCCGUGGCGUCCGCCGCGUCCGUCUCGGCGGCGGCGGCUUACGCGAGCCGCACCGCAUACUGCACCACCCCGAUACCGUCGACGCGGCACCGGUUCCUGGCCGCGCCUUACACCGGUACCGGUUACCUGCCCACCGUCAUCAAACCGCCCAACCAGAGUCUACAUGCCAAUGGUACUACCGGCGACGCCUAUCGGGAGACCAGUCCCGAUGAUGCCAGCGAUAAGACCAGUUACUCCGAGUGACCUGACGAAAAUUACGCCGUUGCCUGGUCGUACUCUUCAAUAAUACCCUAAUGAAUACCAUUUUAGUUCGCACGCAAAGUAAAAUUGUCCUUCCAUCGAGGCAGUCCUCGAUGUGUCAUCAGCUGAAUUAACUUCUGAGAACGUUAUUCGCAUAAUUUGAUCAUUUCCGAC